AACGCAGAGAGAGGGAGAGACGGAGAGAGAGAGAGAGAGAGAGAGAGAGAGCAUUUUAGUCGUAGUCAUUAGAAAAGGAAGGCGGAUAGAGCGCGCAGUGGAACGCGCGUACAGCGGCCUACGUCCGCCCGCUGCAAGCUGUUUCAUCUCCUCCAAAUCGCUGAAGAGUUCUCAACCUUUCCCUUUCUUGUUUUAUAUACAUAUUAACAGAAAGCUCGUGUGGGCUGCGGUACACAGCCAGAUAAAGAAAUGGAGUUGGAUCUAGUGAUCAAGGUAAAAUAUGGAGAUACUCUUAGACGUUUUAAUGCCUAUGGCGUUGGAAACACGUUCAAACUCAAUGUGGAUGAACUGAGAGCAAAGAUCCUUGACCUUUUCAAACUCAACCCAGAUGCUGAUUUCACCCUUACAUAUGUUGAUGAAGAUGGUGAUGCUGUAACACUUGUGGAUGAUGAUGAUCUGUGUGAUGCUGUUGUAACUCAGCGCUUGAAUCCCUUGAGGAUAAAUGUGCUGUUGAGCACUAAUAAAAUUGGGACACCUGGCACCAGAUCACUCGCAGAGAGUUCAACUCCCACAAGGUCUCCAAGUGUUGGGAUUCAACUGCCUCCUCGCGUCAGUGCUGGUGUGGAUGAAGCUUUGGGAUCUAUGCCACAGCCAUUUCGCGAUACACUUUUGAACCUCUCUAGUGACAUGACGACAAAGGCUGCAUUGUCUGCACCAGCACUCACUGAUCUUGUUGAAUAUUUCUCGAAGUUGGGAAAGUCAUACCUUGGUCCUCUUUCUCAGGUUCAGGAUGGUGGGGUACUGACCACAGCGAGUAAUUCUUCUCAUCCCAUGGAUCUUAAUAUUACCGUAAGGCCAGAAGGUUCAAGUGAUCUGAUUGCCAGUCCGAAGGGGCUGCCAACCACCAGAUCUGUUGACCAAACUUCAUAUAAAAAUCUGAAUGGGAAAGACAGCAGCACAAUGACCACAGUUGUGGGAGCAGCAGCUCCAACUACUCCUUUUGGUCUAUUCAAUUUGGAUAAUCCCUUCAUUCCAUUUUCAUCAGAUUUCUCAACUGUGGUUGAUUCAGUUCCAUGUGUGCGCGCAUCUAAGGAAUCUGCAGAAGUUGGUGAUGGCCAUCAUGAUGGGAAAGCUGAAGCAGUUGUUUCAUCCUUUGUGCCCCUUGUGGACCAUUUUAGGGGUCUCAAUCCACAUUCUUCUUCAGAUUCAAGCGAGUCAUCUCUUCCAGCAAUUUACGGAAGUGCAGACGUGUUGGAAGGCGAUAAGCAUAAGAAAUCUACUGAUGGAGUAGGCCCGUCUGCCUCACAUGUGGGUUCCAGUGAGAGCAAAUGUCCUAGCGGUAGCCAGAUGGCAGCAGAUGCUUCUGUUGUUGUGCAUCCUCGUGGCUUGUAUCCGGUUGUCCCUCCAUUUAAGGUGAACACUGUCCACCACAACAUGCUUCGAACUUUCCAUAGGGGUGUCCGAUGUGAUGGUUGUGGAAUGCACCCCAUAAUUGGUCCUCGGUUCAAAUCAAAAGUGAAAGAAGACUAUGAUCUGUGCAACAUCUGCUUCUCAGAGAUGGGAAAUGAGUCUGACUAUACCAGAAUUGACCGUGCGGCCUAUCGGUCGCUGCGAAUGAAGGAGUUCUACAAUCAUCAUCAUCCUCGAUUCCAAAAUACGCAUUCACGUGUUCGAGUUGGUGGAAUGAAAGUGGGUAAACAGAAGCUCGAGAGUAGCUUUGUUCAAGACGUGACCGUCUUAGACGGGACUCUGAUGCCUCCGCUUACUCCUUUUACUAAAAUAUGGCGGAUGCGUAACAGUGGUACUGUUGUGUGGCCACCUGGUACACAGCUUGUAUGGAUUGGGGGGGAUCAAUUUGGGGAGAGAGGCUCGAUUGAGUUGAAGAUUCCCCAGAAUGGUUGUCCUGUGGAUGAGGAGCUUGACAUUGCAGUUGAUUUUACAGCACCAUCACGCCCUGGCAGAUACAUUUCUUACUGGACGAUGGCAUUGCCUUCUGGUCAGAAGUUUGGGCAACAUGUUUGGGUCCUUGUUCAGGUGCAUGAAUCCCAACAAGAUUCUGUGCCUGAUGGCGCCCCUCCUGGCUUGAACCUGAACCUGCCUCCUGGAAUUAGUGUGAAGAAAGGGAAUGGGGUGGUCAUAGAUGUUAAUGUCGAGCCUAUGGAUGGUGGUCACAUUGUACCUGACGGCUCCAACGUGGCUGCUGAAGUAGUGAAGCCAACAGUUGAAGAAUGCCCGAGAAUGACACAAGAGCUCAAUCUUCAGGUAGAUGAUGCUGCUGUCUUGCUUGCUUGCAGUGGGGUUACACUACCCCUUGCCGAGACAGCAGCUACCUCUGGGUCGCAUCCACUAGUUGAUGUCACAGAACCAUCCACAGCUACCACUGAGGAGGAGGUUACACUACCCCUUGUUGAUGGCAGUGGCACAACCGAGGAGGUGCUGCUGCCAUCCCAAUCGGAGGUGAGUGCAGUUGAGCAGACCCUUCUCAAGGAGCUGGAAGAAAUGGGUUUCAAGCAGAUUGAUCUGAACAAGGAGAUUCUGAAGUUGAAUGAUUAUGAUCUAGAGCAGUCUUUAGAUGACCUCUGCGGAAUUGCUGAAUGGGAUCCAAUUCUCGAGGAGCUGCAAGAGAUGGGAUUCAGCAAUAGAGAAGUGAACAGGAAAUUACUGGUAAAGAAUGGGGGAAGUAUCAAGAGGGUUGUGCUGGAUCUCAUUGCAGGUGAGAAAGCAUAGAUCUCUACUCUAUAUAAUGCGAGAGUGUAGCUAUUGACAUAUGUAUAUAAAUAAUAUCAACCAGCAGCACCCCCUGAACUCGAAAUUGGCAAUCUUAUAAAUAAUUUGGCUGGGAUCAACCGCACCCCGUACUGGAAUUAUUAUUAUUAUUAUUUUGGUUUGCUCCCCUACUGGAAAUAUAUUGUUAUUAGUUUUUCUUUA